AUGGCUGCCCGAAACCUUGCCUUUCGUCUCUCACUUCAGGUGCGGAACACCGCAAGUCCUCCGAUACCUCAAGCAUACAAAUGGGCUGAAUCAUAUGUACAAUCAAAGGACAGGCCACUUCUCGAUAUGUCCCAAGGUGUACCGGGCAUACCACCGCCUACUAAACUCCUCGAAGCCCUUGGUAAAGCUGCAUCGGAUCCCCGAUCUUGUGGAUAUUGCCCUAUGACCGGGGAACCAUUACUCAGAGCUUCUCUUGCACAAGAAAUGCGGCUUGUCUACGGAAAGAAUAGCGAUAUCAUUCCUGAUGAUGUUGCUCUGACCGCCGGUUGUAACAUGGCUUUCACCACAGCUAUUAUGGCUGUUGCAGAUGCGGGGGACGAGGUUAUUCUUCCAGUUCCUUGGUAUUUCAAUCACGAGAUGACACUUCAAAUGCUAGGAAUAAGCCCUGUACCUCUUCAAACGACUUCACGCGAAGGCUUCCAGCCAUCACCAGAGAGGUGUGCAAAACUAAUCACGGAGAAGACGAAGGCAAUUAUACUCGUGUCUCCUAACAAUCCCACUGGUGCUAUCUAUCCUCCAUCGUUAAUUUCCUCGUUUGCUCGUCUUGCGAGACAGCGGAACGUGGCACUGAUAAUAGACGAAACGUACCGCGAUUUCAUUUUGGAUGAGGUACCACACCGUCUUUUCGUUCCUGGACCGUUACAGUCGUCACCGGGGUUGCCAUCGGACUGGACCUGGAGGAGACACUUCAUUCAUCUUUUCUCAUUCUCUAAAAGCUAUUGCAUCCCUGGACAUCGUUUGGGUGCCAUAGUCGCUUCGAGCGGAGUUCUGGAGCAAGUGAAGACGGUCCUUGACUGCAUACAAAUAUGCCCGCCAAGACAUGUCCAGUUGGCGUUAUACCCUUUACUCUCGGAGCUUCGCCCCUUUAUUCGUGAAACUGCUCAGUCACUGGUACACCGACACGAGUUAUUCAGGUCCUUACUUCCUCCAAGGUGGAAGAUUGGAUCUCAAGGAGCCUACUACGCAUUUGUUCAGCAUCCUUUCAAGGAUGUAUCAGCUACGGAGGUAAGCCGAAGAAUGGCGAUCGAAGGAGGGAUAGUCACGCUUCCUGCGGGAUUUUUCAUGCCUCUGCAGCCUUUGACAAAGGAAGAGGAGCUAGUCAAGGACAACAGCAGGUGGAUUCGCUUCUCAGUCGCUAAUGUGGACGAUGACAAGAUCAGGAAGGUCUGUACUAGACUAAGGGAGUUAGAGGACACGUUCGGUUGGGCACUUCACGAAUAG